AUGCCACCAUCUGCAGGUGACCCACCAAACCCACCUCCUGAUGGAGGAUGGGGCUGGGUAGUGGUUGCAGCGUCUUUUAUCUCCAUCGGAUUUUCAUAUGCAUUCCCCAAAGCCAUCACAGUAUUCUUCAAAGAAAUUCAGCAAAUAUUCAGCACUAGCUACAGUGAAAUAGCAUGGAUAUCUUCCAUUAUGCUGGCGGUAAUGUAUGGAGGAGGUCCCAUAAGCAGUAUUCUGGUGAAUAAAUAUGGUAGCCGGCCAGUGGUGAUGAUAGGCGGUUUGCUGUGCUGUGUGGGCUUGGUCGCAGCCUCUUUUAGCACCAGUGUAAUAGAGCUCUACCUCACUGUGGGGUUCAUUGGAGGUUUAGGUCUGGCCUUCAACCUGCAACCUGCCUUAACGAUCAUUGGCAAAUACUUCUAUAAGAAAAGACCCAUCGCGAAUGGGCUCGCCAUGGCAGGAAGUCCUGUUUUCCUAAGUACAUUGGCUCCUUUCAAUCAGUUCCUUUUUAAUACUUUCGGCUGGAAAGGAAGCUUCAUGGUCUUGGGAGGCAUAUUGUUGAAUGCCUGUGUGGCUGGGGCUCUCAUGAGACCCGUUGAAUCCAAACCAACUACUAAGGCUCAAAAUAAGACUUGCGAAACAGAGCUCGAGUCGAGUGUGAAAAACAGCCACAAGAAGCAAUCAGUCUGGAAAAAAAUUAAUAACUAUUUAGAUUUCUCCCUUUUCAAGCACAGAGGGUUUUUGAUAUACUUGUCCGGAAAUGUCAUUAUGUUUCUUGGAUUUUUUGCACCUGUUAUAUUCUUGGCCCCAUAUGCCAAAGACAAGGGGAUUGAUGAGUACUCGGCAGCCUUCCUGCUGUCUGUUAUGGCUUUCGUUGACAUGUUUGCGAGGCCUGCAGUAGGAUUUAUUGCGAACACCAAACUUGUUCGACCUCGAAUCCAGUAUUUCUUCAGUUUUGCGAUUAUGUUCACGGGAGUGUGCCACCUCUUGUGCCCAUUGGCGGAGGACUACAUAAGCCUGGUGUUUUAUGCUAUAUUUUUUGGCCUUGGAUUUGGGAGUGUUAGCAGUAUUCUCUUUGAAAGCCUCAUGGACCUUGUUGGUGCUCAAAGAUUUUCCAGUGCUGUGGGACUUGUCACAAUUGUGGAGUGCUGUCCAGUUCUCCUUGGCCCUCCUCUUGCUGGUAAAUUGGUGGAUGAAACUGGAGAGUAUAAAUAUAUGUAUAUAGCCUGCGGGGCUAUUGUGUUCCUAGCAAGUGUGUGGUUGCUCAUUGGUAACACUAUAAACUACAGAAUGCUUGCAAAGGAAAAGCAGUUGGAAAAAGCAAGGGAAGAAACGUAUAACAAGCCGGAUUCCCAAGAAUCUGAACCCUUGAAUGCACCUAAACAUUGUGCUAUUGAAGUCAAAAGCAUGAGACUAGAGAAUAAUCCCUCAGAAAGAGAAACUAACAUGUAG